GACGUAACGUUAAGUAAAUGUGUGUCACCAUAGACACGUCCGGGGUACUUGGAUGGAGUUCCUGUGUGAUAGCUAGUAAGGACACAUUUUCAUGAAAAACACAGUUAAAACUUAAACAAACAAGACCACCAUGGGGGGUAAGAACAAACAGCGCACAAAAGGAAACGUCCGGCCAUCCAGUAGCGGUCGAGCAGCCGAGGUUCUAGCCCGGGAAGGUGGCGCCAUCCCGGGCUUCGUGGGCUUUGAUACUACGGUCACCUCUGAGCUGAGUUAUGUUCCAGCUGUCCACGGAGCGGAGGACAUAGACAACCAGGUGGAUGCUGAUUUCCGCCUGGUGCUGAGGAAACUCUCAAAGAGGGAUGUCGUCACCAGACUCAAGGCAGUGCAGGACUUUGGGACCAUGUGUCAAGAAAGGGAUGCAGAGGAGGUGAAAGGAGUUCUCCCAUAUUGGCCAAGAAUUUACUGCAAGAUAUCAGUGGAUCAUGACCGGCGCAUCAGGGAAGCCACUCAACAAGCAUUUGAACAGCUGGUGCUAAAAGUGCGUCGCAGCCUGGCCCCCUUUCUCAAGAGUUUGAUGGGCCACUGGAUUCUGUCACAGUGUGACACUUACACGCCUGCUGCCUCUGCUGCAUGCCUGGCCUUCGAGGCUGCUUUCUCGCCUGCUAAACAGCCCGAAGCUCUCGGCUUCUGCAAGGAGGAGAUCCUUAAUGUGCUUCAGGAUAUCCUAUUAAAGGAAACGGCCGACACUCUCAGUGACCCACAAAGUGUGACAGAAGAGGAGAGAGAAGCCAAAUAUCUUCGCCUGCUGACCAGUUCCCUGCUGGGUGUGAAGAAACUGCUUUCAAUGCUGCUUGAGAACGACAGAGCAGCACUGGAGCAGAAACUAGCUCUUCUGGUUAGCUCUGGGAAGUUCUGGAAAUACAGCAAGCACAAGACACCCCAGAUCAGAUGGGCCUUUUUUGAGAUGAUUUGCGCUCUGUGCCGAUUCACCCCACAACUGGUCCAGAGUGAAGUAGCACGACUCUGCCCCGCUGUUCUUCUGGGUAUCGACGACACCGAUCCUGUUGUUCUUCCUCAUGUGUGGGAAGCUGUUCUUCAUGUUGUGUCUACAAUCCCUGAUUGUUGGACACAUAUUAAUGCCAAAAAGGGCUUUCUCCCUAAACUCUGGGCUCUGUUAAAAGAAGGUGGUAAAGGCAUGGCUAAAGGACUCCAUCCAAAUCUAAUGCCUCUACUCAGUAAAUUGCCACAGGAAGUCACCGAUCCUAACAUGGACUUCUACACUAAUUUCUACGCUGCGUUCCUGCAAGGUCUGUCUAGCGAGCGUGCAGUGACGAGCCCGUCGGAAAGUGCGGUCAUCGUGACCUCUUUUGUCGAGUGCUUGAGGUACUGCAUACUGCAGAACAUGGGAGAGGAGCAAUCUCAGGAGAAAAUAAGGAACAUGCUAAUUUCCCAGCAGCUCCUACCUUUAAUAGAAAAGGCUGUUAGAGAUCCUUCCCUCCAGAAUGGGCCUCUCUUCCUGCUGGUCACUGACAUGCUUGUUUCCUGGGAGAAGAGGGCGGGUUUACACGGUGAACACGAGGAGAUUAGCAGCAAGGAUCUCUUCAAGAUACUCUUGGCAGACUUCUGGGAGGAACUCUGUCUCAUGUGUGUUCGAUGUGUUGACAAUGAGGAUCUGGAUGCUCAGACUUUGGAAGGUGUAGCCACUUUGCUGCAGGUCAUGCGUUAUCCUGAGAGAGUGAGCAGAAAACAAACCCAGAAGAAAAAAUCUGUCAGGCUGUGUCUCUCAAAGAACGAGGAGGAUGAGAAAUCAGUAAUUCAGGAGGAGGAAGUUGAAAAGCUCUCGCAGACGGCGUCCCUACAGACGGAGCAUUUUGAGGAUGCUGUUUGCCAGCUGGCACAGCUGUGCCUGGUGCAUGUGAAUGAGAAAAACUCUGAGAAACAUCUUGUUUUUCUGGCCCAACUUCUGCAGUCUUUUCACACGCCAAGGAUCUUCAGUACCUUACUUGAAUUUGAUGAAGACGAACCUGGAGAUGAUAAAUGGAGGAAAGAGAAGAACCCAGCGGUUCGGUUCCUGUUGAAGCGGGUGGUCGUGUGGCUCGCUGAGAUGGGGUGCAACAAUACGGAGCACUUGGUGGAGAUGGUUUUCAGCUCACUCUGCUGCUGCAGCCUGGAGGAGACCACACACAUUCUCAAUCACAUCACCACGAUGGGUUUGCAGUGGGGAGUUAUCCUGCAAAUUAUUCAGAGGGCAUGUAAAGAUUCUGAGGCUCGCACAAGCUGCAGGGAAUGGCUGAAAGGUUCACUUCUUGGUGAGCAGCUGUUGGGACUGACCGAAGAGCUGUGCAAGGUCGGGCGAAGCUCUGCGUCUUCCACAACUCAGACAAGCAACCCGAGCUGGACGCUCAUUAGUCUUGUUCUCUCUCAAAACAGCAACAGUGAGUCUUUGAUAGGGGAGGUGUACAUGGAGAAAAUGUUAGAGAGGCUCCACACCACUCUGUCUGAGGCGAAGAGUCUGUCUGACGCUGGCAACAUGGAGCCACUUAUCUCCUUCAUCUGCGACGUGGCUUCGUCUUUCUUCUCCUCCGUACAGGACUGCCUUCUGCUCCUCUCUGCUGAGGAGCUCCUGCUGACAGUCUUCAAGCUGACCGCUCAAGAUCAAAGACACACUCACUUGUCCGAAUCACUGUUGGAAAAGCUGAAGAACGUGUGUGUAGCUGGGGUCAAGUCACUGGUGCUACACUGUGAAUGUGGCGUCAGGGAAGGCGGGUUCCUGCACAGUGCUGCCCUCUGGGUCAUGAAGCAGCUGCUUAGCAUAUCUAUGGAUAUUCAAAGUUUGCAGGUUCUUGUCGGAGCUGUCCAAAGCUUGGUGGAAACAAUCCUUUCUGUCGGGGGCCAGGCUACCUCUAUUCUCAGCCAAUUUUUUACCCAUUUGACACCGAGCCAGACUGAGUGGACCAAAAUCAGACACGCCCUGUCUCCGCAGUGGGUCAAAUCUCCUUUACUGUCCAGCCGUCACAGAGGAGUCUGUGAAAAACCCACCAAGGACAUGUGGAAGUUGAAGGAUUCAAACAGGCUGCCGGCUCACCUCUGCGUCUGUGCUGUCUUGGGAAGAGUGACGCAGACUGCUGCAGCUUCACCUUGUGACCAGAUGGAGGCGCCGCGUCCUUCAUUCCUCCCAAACCUUAAGGACGCAGUUUCAGAACUGCUGUAUGCACUGCAGUGGUGUAAGGAGCUUGACUACAGACCCGCGGUAGCAUCUGGGUAUCACAACCUGCUGGCUGAAUGGGGGCUAUUGGAUGGACUCCAUGGCAAAGUUCCAGUGAAUUCUCUGCUAGAGAUCCUUUACUUAAAGUCAGUGACCGAGGGAGGUUUGUGGUCUCUGACUCUGGAGAACUACAUCCUCACCCACAAUUUGGCAGCCACUCACAGAAGAGCUCUUAAUAGACUUUACGACAGCGCAGAUAGUCUUUUCCCAGUUUCUCUGAGCAAACUAAGCACGCUCCAGGUACUCUGCCCUCUGAUGUCCAAAGAAGACAGAGAAACUCUGAUUGCCUUGGCAACUGCUGGAAUAGUCAACUGGCAAGAAAAUGAAAGUGUUUAUGGCUGUCUAGCAGUGCUGCUGUGCUGUCUUAACGGCAACACACCGGUAGAAGAGGAGGUCAUUCAGGCUAUCCUCGCCACUAUCAUGGAAUGGAGAAACAGCAGGGAGGAUUGGUUCCUCUUUAGCUGUGAUCUUUCUGAAACAACAUCUGAACAGCUGAACCUCAACGUGGAGAUGAUCCGAUUCUUGUCUUGGCUGGUGAGCCGUUGUCCAGCUGUCCUUGGUGGAAACCAGUGGGACUUUUUACUCUGCUCCAUGUUGGCCUGGUUGGAGACGGCCAGUGAGAAUGUGAGCAGCCUUUGGAACCCUUGGGUCCAGCUGUUUGUGUGCGAGAACUCCAGGUUGAUCGUAACUCUGAAUCAGUUCUUCACGUCGUCGUCUUCUGAAGAACUGGAGAAGCUGCCAGCAGAGCUGGCUGGUGAAUGGAAAGACUUCUUCGUAGAGGGAAUCUACAACCUCCUGUUACCCUUGCCGGUUAAAAUCACUGAGACCUUUCCUGAACCGGAUGACCCUGUGUUCCCCAUGGCUGUUCUGCAGUCGCUUUGUUUGGCUCUGACCUACAUUCCAGUGCAGCAGCUAAACCAAAAUGCUUUGCCACCACGAUUCAUCGCCGACCAGAAGACGAACCUGCCGGAGUCUCUGCAGACGCUGUUGAACACCCUGUGUCCCCUGCUGCUGUUUAAGGCCAGACCUUUGCAGAUAACUGUUCACCACAUGCUGGAAAAGGUGAUGCCACAGCUGCCUGAGUGUGACGGGGAAGGUGAUAACAACAAGUCUGAUGAUGACAGAGAUGAGCCAUGUCUAUCUCCUCCAGCUUCACUCAUGGCCAUCCUGUCGACCUGUGAAGAGCUGUGUGACAGCAUCCUAGCAGCCGUUCAGGUGGGAGAGUUUGCGGUGGUCCAGCCUCUCAGUGUGGAAUACUCCUGCAUCCUGGCAUACCUUCUUGCAUGGAAGCUGCUCCUGACGUUUUUCAAAUCCUCUCCCUCCCAUCUACGUGCCCAUUAUGCUCAGUAUCUUAAGAGAAGCCGUUCCCUUAACAAUCUUCUCCUCCAUCUCUUCAAACUGAUGCCAGAGAACCCGGUUUGCCCAGGCCAGGGGGCGGAGAGCAAGGAGAGUAAAACCUUCUUCACUGAGAGCCUGCAGCUCACAGUUGACAAGAGUGUUGGCAUUGAGUCGGAGCUCCCUCACCUGGCCUGCAGUGUAUACUACAGCACAGUGCAGGACCUCCCUGCUAUGGUGCGUCUGUGGUGGAACAGUCAGGAGAAGAGAGUGAGCUCUGCCGUGGAGAAGUUCACCAGCAAAUACGUCAGUCCAGUUUUGUCAGCCCAGGAGAUCUCCUCCGUCCAUGACAGCACUCAGAUGUUUGACAGCAUGACUGUCAAGGCCCGCUCAGCAGCACGAGAGGUGAUCGCUACCUACUCUGUGGACGACAUCUACAUCGAGUUGGUGAUUCAGCUGCCGCAGAACUACCCUCUGGGCUCCAUCGCUGUGGAAAGUGGGAGACGUGUGGGCGUAGCCGUGCAGCAGUGGAGGAACUGGAUGCUACAGCUGAGCACCUACCUCACACAUCAGAAUGGCAGUAUAAUGGAGGGCCUGGCUCUGUGGAAGAACAACGUCGAUAAGCGCUUUGAGGGCAUCGAGGACUGCAUGAUCUGCUUUUCUGUCAUCCACGGCUCCAACUACUCCCUGCCUAAGAAGGCUUGCCGUACCUGCAAGAAGAAGUUCCACUCUGCCUGUUUGUACAAAUGGUUCACCUCCAGCAACAAGUCCACCUGCCCGCUCUGCAGAGAAACCUUCUUUUAGUACUCCACUCAAUUCGGGAUGAAAACAGCUAUUACCGGAGGACUGGACCGAUGUUUACAAGCAGAAUAUUAUCUCAAAGCCAAUCCAGAAUGCUGUAUAAUUUCUUAGAUUGAAGUAAUUUCUGCAAACAUUUCAAGCUAUUCCUAUUUUUCCAUCCCAUGUGUCCAUAUUGAAAUGUUGCUUAUAGUUCUCUAACUGCAUGUAUAUAGCAGUGCUUUUCUGUAUCGCUCAUGGGAAAGAUCAAUGCCCUCUUGUAAGCUUCAUCUUCUUCAAAUCCCCAACAUGCAUUGCAGAAAAAAAUGAUAUCAUGAAACUAAUUUGAUUUAGGAGAUAAAAUGAUUUUGAUGUGAUGGAAAGGGUGAAAAGCUUAUAGAAGCAUUACUUCUGAGUCAGUUUUCCUUGUAAAUUUCCUAAUAUUUAGGAGUGUAAAGUGAUUGCCUGAUUAGGGACAUUUUAUAUUUCAGAGGCAUGAAACAGAACUUUAAAAAAAAAAAAUCCAAUAUCAGAGCCCAACACUGUGUGUCUUACCCUGUGCCUACAUCCACCUGUACAUGAUGUUAAAGAAAUGAAAAUAAAUCUUCCUGGAUAAUA